AUGGAUAUACCUCAGGAACAUGUCAUCAGUGAUCUCCCAGUUCUUAGUAGAGCCAGAGCUUCACUGCCCGCUGAAUAUCUAUACAUCGAAGAGCCGGACAAUUCUGCCACCGUUUUCGGUGUGUUCGCCAAAAAGACAAUACCGAAGAGGACUCAAUUCGGUCCCGUCGAGGGUGUCAUUGUUGGACACAAUCACUCCAAUGUUCACAACUUAAACCACAACCUAAUGAUCUUCAUAACAGAGGAUUUGAUUUUAGAUCAAAGUGAUGAAAAUCAGUCAAAUUGGAUGAAAUUUGUUCGUUCGGCCAAUACUUAUGAGGAACAGAAUCUGUCGCUAAUCGCUAAGGAAAAUGUGUCGGCAAAUGAAAUCGAAAUCAAAUUUUUUUUCUUAACCACAAGAGCUAUAUAUGCGAGAGAAGAGCUUAAAGUGUGGUAUUCUCGAGAAUACGCCGACAAAUACAAUCUGAAAGCCUUAGAGGGACCGCUCAUUAUAGCCGAUACCGACGAACAAAGCGUCGCCGAAGCUAUCGUACAGAAAAGCACUCCAAACCCGAUCGAUAUCCUGACCACCGGUGGACACAAACUUAGAAACAAAAUCGCCAAAACACUACAACAGCAACAACUUCAACAACAACAGCAACAAACGCAAGACACACAACAAAGCAGUAGUCAGACCGAUGCUAACGGGUCUUCUGGUCAGCCGAAGGACACUACAACUCCUCCCAAAUACCAGUGCGAGACGUGUCAGAAGAUAUUUCCCCGGUUUUAUAGCUUACGAAGGCAUCAGAUCAUGCAUUCAGGAGAAAAGAAAUAUAAGUGUCCCGUCUGUGGUAUGUCUUUCAGUCACGUGUAUAACCGGAACCGUCACGCGAAGAAACACCAGAAAGCGGUCACCAAUAAAAAGUCUGCUUUAAGUUUAACCGAAACUAAUGAUCAAAAUCAGAGCCUUAAGACAGAACCCGUGGCAAAGAAGAGCAACACCUAUACAAAUGAUGGUCAGAUGAAACCGUCAGCGAGUCUGACUGUGGCCCGAAAGAGUGCUCCUAAGAGUACAAAUAACCCGAACAAACCAUAUCGUUGUCACCAGUGCUAUAAGUGCUUCUCCACUGACGACCGAUUGAUAAGACAUGCGAUCGUCCACUCGAGUGAUGAAGAAGUAAAGCCAUUGGCCUGUGCUAUCUGUCAGAAGAGAUUUCUCAACAAUUCUGCCCUUUCGUGUCACUUGAAAAUCCACAGUACACCGAGAGAUCAGCCGCGAAGAUAUGAUUGUGUUAUAUGUAAGCAAUGGUUUGAUUCGCCACAACUCAGGAAAGACCAUGUCGUAAACCACAUCAAUCCAAACACUGGACAGUUUAAUUGUCCCAAUUGUCAAAAAGGAUUUGACGAGUUCUCAGCCGUUAGAAAACAUAUCCGAGCUUUUCAUUCAGACAAACAAUACCCGUGCACUCAAUGCGAGAAAGUCUUUCCACGACCUGACAAAUUGAAGUUACAUAUGUUAAGACACAGCGAUCACCGCGAGUUCCUGUGUGCCAAUUGUGGCAAACAAUUCAAACGUAAAGACAAACUCAAAGAACACAUGCAGAGAAUGCAUGCGCCCGACAGAGAGGCCAAACUCGCCGCAAAACAAGCGGCAAAACAGGCCCAACAGUUGAGUCAACAGCACAAGAAGUUUAUACCAAAAGUAUCGCCAACUGAUUACCACAGAUUUAUAUAUAAAUGUCACACAUGUUUGCUCGGGUUUAAGCGCCGGGGAAUGCUUGUCAACCAUUUGGCUAAAAGACAUCCAGAUAUACCACCCGAUACCGUACCGGAGCUCAAUCUACCCAUACUUAAGACAACACGUGAUUAUUACUGUCAAUAUUGUGACAAAGUAUAUAAAUCGAGUUCCAAAAGGAAAGCUCACAUAAUGAAGAACCAUCCGGGAAAAUCGCUGCCACUGUCUAACCGACAUAAGGGAGGUAUACCAGUGAUACCGGGGAUCCCAAACCCCACGUACAGCGCAACUGUAGGCAGUAUAACAACUCACCCGCACUACUGUGACUGGUGUCACAAACAGUACGCCAGUAAAGCCAAACUACUUCAACACCAGCGCAAGAAACAUCCGGAACAGAUGGCUAUCAUCAACACCAACGCCCGCUCACGACAGCGCUCUCUCGCCAUGACGUCGACGCCUAUAAUGAGCCAAACGAUGCCAUCGCAGGCCAUAACCCAAACGCCGAACAUAAUGUCCAGCCAUAGCCCCAACCAAUCGACGGUCUCAAUGGGAGCCAACAAUAAUCUGAUUACAAUAUUAGGAAAUCUCAAUAGCAUUAUAUCGGCCACAAUGGGCAACGAUUUGUCCCAAUCAAACACAUCUUCAGCCGACCUUCAGGAACUACUUCAGGGCAGCUCUGGUGACCUCUUGACCCAAGCCAUGUCCGAAUUGACGGCAACUAAGGGCGACGGCAACGCCACUAUCAUCAUCACCGCUCAUCCCUCAGACGAUGACCACUGGAGUCAAGUCUGCGAAGAGAUGGCCUAAGUUUAACACCUAUUCGCACACAACCCAACACUCAGGUGUACUUAUAGUGUAUCCACUGUUCAACUGUACAUUAAUUAUAUAUUUUAUACAAUCAUUUGCAACUUAAUUCAGGCAAAUAUUAAUAUAAAUCUAUUGAUCUCGUGAUAAAUUUAGUUUGAAAGCCGCCGUUAGUGUAAAAAACAAUAUAACCGCCAAAAUUAAACCAUAAUUUAAACAUAUUUUUACUGUAAAUCUAAUGUAAACUACACUUCAAUGAGAAACUACUUUGUUUUUU